GUUACGUACAUCUGCAGAGUUCAUAAUGGGUUAUCAAAAGUGAUAAAAUUAAGUCAUGUUUGCGCAAAUAAAAACAUAUUGUAUAGUGUAAUCGCGGGUAUAGUUGGCUUUAAAAUAAAUUUAUAAUGUCCAAGCUACUAGUCAAUACGUUUUUUUCCACAUUACCUCAAAAAUUUGCCAGAUUUUCAUCAUACCGUAUUGUGAAUCCAGCGCAAGCAGUUCACGGGAAUAUCCGCUCUAAGAAUUCCAAUUUUAAUAGACAAAUACAUAGCAGCUCAACAAUGAGUAGUUCACUUCUCAAUGGAAACCUGUGGGACACUGACCCUGAGCUUUAUGCCAUCAUCAAAAAUGAGAAGGAACGUCAGAGAGCUGGACUUGAGAUGAUUGCUUCGGAGAACUUCACCUCCAUACCAGUACUUCAGUGCCUGAGCACAUGUCUCCACAACAAAUAUUCUGAGGGCAUGCCCAACCAAAGGUACUAUGGAGGCAAUGAGUUCAUUGAUGAAAUUGAAAUCCUGGCACAAAAGAGGUCUCUUGAGGCCUACAGGCUGAAUGGAGAUGAAUGGGGAGUCAACGUGCAGCCUUAUUCAGGCUCUCCGGCUAACUUCGCAGUGUACACGGGUGUUGUAGAGCCCCAUGGCAGAAUCAUGGGACUAGACCUGCCUGAUGGCGGGCAUCUUACUCACGGUUUCUUCACUGCCACCAAGAAAAUAUCGGCCACAUCAAUUUUCUUUGAAAGCAUGCCGUAUAAGGUGGAUCCUAAGACUGGUUUAAUAGACUAUGACAAGCUGGCCGAAACUGCGAGGUUGUUCAAACCUCGUUUGAUUAUCGCUGGUAUUAGCUGCUACUCUCGAUGCUUGGACUACAAGCGUUUCCGUCAGAUCGCUGACGAAAAUGGAGCGUUGUUGAUGGCCGAUAUGGCGCAUAUCUCUGGCCUGGUUGCUGCAGGUGUCAUCCCUAGCCCAUUCGAAUACUGUGAUAUUGUAACGACCACCACCCACAAGACGCUGCGUGGUCCCCGCGCCGGUGUCAUCUUCUACCGCAAGGGAGUUCGCUCCGUUAAGGCCAACGGUACGAAGGUCAUGUAUGAUCUGGAGAACAAGAUCAACCAAUCCGUCUUCCCUGGACUGCAAGGUGGCCCACAUAACCAUGCCAUUGCUGCCAUCGCCACUGCUAUGAAACAAGCCACCACCACCGAAUUUGUUGAAUACCAGACCCAAGUGGUGAAAAACGCCCAGCGCCUCUGCAAAGGACUGAUGUCCCGUGGCUACGAGGUCGCGACCGGUGGCACCGAGGUGCACUUGAUCCUCGUCGACAUGCGCAGUGCUGGCCUCACUGGCGCUCCCGCCGAACGUAUCUUAGAACUGUGCAGCAUCGCCUGCAACAAGAACACGGUGCCCGGAGACAAGAGCGCACUCCACCCGAGUGGCAUUAGGCUUGGAACCCCAGCGUUGACGACAAGAGGCAUGAAAGAAGCCGACAUUGACAGAGUUGUGGAUUACAUCGACAAAGCUCUGAAACUUGCUCAAGAGAUUACGAAGGUGUCCGGCCCCAAAGUUGCCGACUUCAACAAGACUAUCGAAGAAAACGCAGAGUUCAAAACUAAAAUCAAUAAACUCAAGGAAGAAAUUGAAAACUAUAGCAGGACGUUCCCACUUCCCGGCUUCGAAACAUAUUAAUUUAUUUAACUAUGUAUUGUAUUGCACUUUCGCAUUUAAUAUAUGUAGCUUUUUAUAGGACUUAUAAAAGUCUUAUGUUUAAGUGCCUUGUGAGCCUAGCAUAAGUUAAUUUUAAGAAUCUCCUACUAUCUUUAAUAAAUGUUGACAUUAUUAUUGUAA